AUGUUAUUGGCAUUAAAAGAAAAUUCAGAGUCUUGGGAACGUUGGGAAAAUCCACCCGUGGAUAUUUAUUUUAACGUUUACAUAUUCAACGUAAAUAAUCCCGAGGAAAUUUUAAGGGGAUCUUUACCAAAAGUGACGGAAUACGGUCCUUACGUGUAUAAAGAAAAAAGAAGUAAAAAAGUUUUGUCCGUUAAUGAAGAAACGGGUGUUAUUAAAUACAAGGAUGAUAUAUCAUUCGAAUUCGAUGAAGAAAGUUCUGGAAAUUUAAAAGAAGAUGAUGUUUAUACGGUUGUCAAUCUUCAAGCUUUGAUACUCUCGCAAAUCGUCGAUAAUUUAAAAGUUAUUAAUCCGGUUAUUAAAUUAGUUGAUACUGCAUUGAAUAAAAUAUGGCCGACGGAAAAUUCAAAUCCGAUGUUUAUAAAAACAUCCGUCAAAGAAUUUUUAUUUGGUAAAUUACCAUUAUUGUGCAAUCAAACAUCAUCCGUUAAUAAUGUCGAUACGAAAGUUAUUUGCGAAGCUAUCAGGUUAAUCAAAUCUAAAACGAUCGUUUUGGAUGAUUUGGGUAAAAACGUGCAUUCGUUUUCCGUUUUCGGAUACAAAAACCGUACGAGCGACGAAGUGUACGAAAUCGAUUCGGGAAUAUAUGAUAUAACUAAAAUAGGUACGAUAUUAUCGUGGAACAACAUGACGACUUUAAAUAAUUGGAAAGGAAAAAGUUGUAAUAGGAUAUCAGGUACGGAUGCGACAAUAUUUAGACCUUAUCUCGACAUGGAUGGUAUCGAUUCGAUUAACGUAUUCAAUGGAGAAAUAUGCAGAUCGAUAAAACUCACGAGUGACGGUUACGUACACUUCAAAGGCGUUUGGGGAAAAAGGUACAUAGCCGAUAAAAAUGUUUUUGCAAGCGUUUUAGAAAACGAUAAAAACUAUUGUUUUUGUCCGGGAUCUAUAAAAAAAUUAACACACGUUAAUGGAUGUUUAAAAUCUGGAAUAUUGGAUUUGUCUUCCUGUCAGGGUCUUAAUGUCGUCGUCGUUUGA